GCUAGGAUGGCGUCUGUGGUGUUGCGGCAAUUUCGAAGGGAAUAGUGAGUUUUGAAAAUUUUGACAACGACCUCGAGAAUGGCAGAUAAUCAACAAAGUAGAUUUGAGAAGUCUCUUGGUUUAUUAACGACUCGAUUUGUUACUUUAUUGCAAAAAGCAGACGAUGGUGUCCUUGAUCUAAAAGUAGCUGCUGAUAUUUUAGAAGUACGACAAAAAAGACGAAUUUAUGAUAUUACCAACGUCCUUGAAGGUAUUGGGCUCAUAGAAAAGAAAAGUAAAAAUAGUAUCCAGUGGAAGGGAGCAGGUCCAGGUUGCAAUACUCAAGAAGUUGGUGAGAAGUUGACUGAUUUAAAAGAUGAAAUUAAAAAACUAGAAGAUCAUGAACAGUUAUUGGAUAAGCAUACCCAAUGGAUUCAACAAAGUAUAAAGAAUAUAGAAAAUGACUUGAUUAAUAGGAAAUUUGCAUACAUCACGUACGAAGAUGUAAAAGAAAACUUUCCAGCUGAUUUUGUAUUAGGAAUUCAAGCUCCUGCUGAUACAGAGUUAAGCGUACCAAAUCUAAUGCAGUCCGCUGAGGAAGAUGAAAAAGAAAUAAAUUAUGAAAUGUUUCUUAAAAGUGCCACGGGAGAAAUUAAUAUAUAUAUGAUUCAACCAGAAUUAGCUAAAACAUACGAUAAUAAAAUAUUAGAAAUGAGAUUACAAGAAGAGACAAAAGGUACAAAAAGAAGCAAAGAAGAAGAUGAAAAGAAGGAGGAAACUAAUGUUAAACCAAAGAGAAGAGUUGGAAGACCGCCAAAAGGAGCAAGUAAACCUAAUCCUGUUUUAUCCGAUGACGACGAAGAAGAUGAUGCAGAGUUAAUAGAAGCAAAAAUAGUACUUCGUGAUGUCAGCACGUCAGACAUAGCCAAAAAAGACUUAGAACUAUUUGAUCAAUUUUAUUCUGACUUUUAUGGACCAUUAGUAAGAUUAAGUCCACCGCCUAAUGAGAAAGAUUAUCACUUUAACCUUAGUGAAAAUGAGGGGAUUUGCGACUUGUUCGACAUUGCAGCAAAAUGAGUAAUAAGUCAUAUAGUUUAGAUGAUUGGAUGG